AUGAAGCCCGCCUUUGCCAUUGUCUCAGGCCUGCUCGUCGUGGCAGCCGCGCACACGACACCUCGCGGCGUUGAUGGCUUCCCUUUGCUACAGAAGCGUCAAGACAAAGGGCCAUCUGGGCCGUCCACCGGGAACCUGCCCCGCGAUCAGAUCGGCUCCGUUCCAUAUGGCACAACCAUCACGCGUUGCAAGUCACCCGGCAUGAUGGCACUCACCUUUGACGACGGCCCCGACGUGUACACGUCGCGGAUUCUAGACAUUUUAGACUCCUACAAGGCCAAAGCCACCUUCUUCAUCGCCGGCAACAACAGGGACAAGGGGCCCAUGGACGACCCCGCGCGGCCGUGGCCCCGCGUGCUCCGGCGCAUGCACGACGCCGGCCAUCACCUGGCCAGCCACACCUGGACGCACCGUAACCUCAACAAGGUCAACAGGACGAUCCAGUACUCGGAGAUGAUCUACAACGAAAUGGCCUUUGGCAACAUCUUUGGCUGGGUGCCCACGUACAUGCGGCCGCCGUACCUCGAGUGCAGCGCCGCGAGCGGGUGCACCGACCUGCUCCGCACGCUGGGCUACCACAUCAUCAACAGCAACAUCGACACCAAGGACUACCUCAACGACGCGCCCGAGAACAUCCACCUCUCCAAGGAGCGUUUCGAGCGGGCGCUGUCGUCGGACCCCUCGCGCAACAGCUACAUUACGCUCGCGCACGAUGUGCACUAUGAGACCGUGGAGACGCUGACGGCCUACAUGAUUGAGUUGUCGCGGCGCCGCGGCUACAAGCUCGUCACCGUGGGCGAAUGUCUGGGCGAUCCCGUGUCCAACUGGUACCGAAAGGCGUCGAAUGGGCCAAGAUCGCCGACACCGACGACGACGCAAGCCCCGACAUCGACCUCGUCGUGGUGCACGCCCCCGGCGACGACGGACCGCAUCUCGCCCGACCAGACGUGCGGCGGCGGCAAGGGGUACACCUGCCAGGGAUCGAAAUAUGGCAGCUGCUGCUCGUUUUACGGAUUCUGUGGUUUCAGCGACAUGUACUGCGGAACGGGCUGCGACGGCGACUUUGGGACGUGUAACAAUGUGCCGCCGGGCACCAGCGACACCACCAACGGGCUCUGCGGGGCCAAGUUUUCCGCGACCUGUCUCAACUUUGGCAGCAAGACGUGCUGCUCGGAGAAUGGCUUCUGCGGCGAUACGUCUGCGCACUGUGGCGCCGGAUGCCAGAGCGACUUUGGUCGCUGCGACUAG